UGUCAGUCUGUCCAACAUGGAUCUGAUGUUUGGCUCCAUGAUUUCAGUCUGAUGUGUCAUUCAGAUAUUUUUCUGUUCCAGCUGCUGGAGGACAACAUGGUCACUUUUGUGAAGAACGAGCUGAAGAAGAUCCAGAAGGUUCUGAGCCCAGAUUACCCAGAAUGCUUAGAGAGUCAGAGGGAGGAUGAGGAGGUGUUGGAGGGUGAUGAUGAAGAGCAGAGGAGGAGCAGAGAGGCAUUGAUGAAGAUCACAGUUUACUUCCUGAGGAGGAUGAAGCAGGAGGAGCUGGUUGACCGUCUGCAGAGCACCCUUUGUCAACGUAACCUUAAAAGUUGUGUGAAGAAGAGGUUCCAGUGUGUGUUUGAGGGGAUUGCUAAAGCAGGAAACCCAACCCUUCUGAAUGAGAUCUACACAGAGCUCUACAUCACAGAGGGAGGGACUGGAGAGGUCAAUGAUGAACAUGAGGUCAGACAGAUUGAAACAGCAUCCAGGAAACCACACACACCAGAAACAACCAUCAGACAAGAAGACAUCUUUAAACUCCCACCUGGAAGACAUGAACCAGUCAGAACAGUGAUGACAAAGGGAGUGGCUGGCAUUGGGAAAACAGUCUUAACACAGAAGUUCACUCUGGACUGGGCUGAAGACAAAGCCAACCAGGACAUCCACUUCAUGUUUCCAUUCACUUUCAGAGAGCUGAACGUGCUGAAAGAGAAGAAGUUCAGCUUGGUGGAACUUGUUCAUCACUUCUUUACUGAAACCAAAGAAAUGUGCAGCUUUGAAGACUUCCAGCUUGUGUUCAUCUUUGAUGGUCUGGAUGAGUGUCGACUUCCUCUGGACUUCCACAACAAUCAGAUCCUGACUGAUGUUACAGAGUCCACCUCAGUGGAUGUGCUGCUGACAAACCUCAUCAGGGGGAAACUGCUUCCCUCUGCUCGCCUCUGGAUAACCACACGACCUGCAGCAGCCAAUCAGAUCCCUGCUGAGUGUGUUGGCAUGGUGACAGAGGUCAGAGGCUUCACUGACCCACAGAAGGAGGAGUACUUCAGGAAGAGGUUCAGAGAUGAGGAGCAGGCCAGCAGGAUCAUCUCCCACAUCAAGACAUCACGAAGCCUCCACAUCAUGUGCCACAUCCCAGUCUUCUGCUGGAUCACUGCUACAGUUCUGGAGGACGUGUUGAAAAGCAGAGAGGGAGGAGAGCUGCCCAACACCCUGACUGAGAUGUACAUCCACUUCCUGCUGGUUCACACCAAAGUCAAGAAGGUCAAGUAUGAUGGAGGAGCUGAGACAGAUCCACUCUGGAGUCCAGAGAGCAGGAAGAUGAUUGAGUCUCUGGGAAAAGUGGCUUUUGAGCAGCUGCAGAAAGGAAACCUGAUCUUCUAUGAAUCAGACCUGACAGAGUGUGGCAUCGAUAUCAGAGCAGCCUCAGUGUACUCAGGAGUGUUCACACAGAUCUUUAAAGAGGAGAGAGGCCUGUACCAGGACAAGGUGUUCUGCUUCGUCCAUCUGAGUGUUCAGGAGUUUCUGGCUGCUCUUCACGUCCAUCUGACCUUCAUCAACUCUGGACUCAAUUUGAUGGGAGGAGAUGAAUUAUCCAAGAAUCCUGGAAAAAAUGAUCUAAAUUAUCUCCAUCAGAGUGCUGUGUACCAGGCCUUACAGAGUCCAAAUGGACACCUGGACUUGUUCCUCCGGUUCCUCCUGGGUCUUUCACUGCAGACCAAUCAGACUCUCCUACGAGGCCUGCUGACACAGACAGGAAGUAGCUCACAGACCAAUCAGGAAACAGUCCAGUACAUCAAGAAUCAGAUCAGUGAGAAUCUGUCUGCAGAGAAAAGCAUCAAUCUGUUCCACUGUCUGAAUGAACUGAAUGAUGGUUCUCUAGUGGAGGAGAUCCAACAGUCUCUGAGUUCAGGAAGUCUCUCCACAGAUGAACUGUCUCCUGCUCACUGGUCAGCUCUGGUCUUCAUCUUACUGACAUCAGGAAAAAUUCUGGAUGAUUUCAACCCAAAGAAAUAUUCUAAUGACUGGAAGUCUAUUCAGAGGCUGCUGCCAGUGGUCAAAGUUUCCAAAAAAGCCAAGUAAGUACUAAAAUAUUAAAAUAUUUCUAAAUAA